AUGGACAUUCUUCAUGCCGUCCUCAGUGUCCGUCAGGCUCCUGAUACCAAUGCAAACGACGACAAGAACGUUGGCUCGAGCAGAAAUAGCUCCCCUUCCCUUUCUGGUCUGAUCUCAACCCUGGUGCCAACUCUCAUCAUCGCUGUCGUCUAUUUCGCAGUCUUUCUGCUUUUGAGAACUCGAUUUCCUCGACAAUAUGCUCCCAGGACGUACCUGGGCGCUCUGCGUCCGCAAGAGCGCACCCCUGCGCCCCCAAACACCUUGUUUGGUUGGAUUCCUUUCAUGAGAAAACUGCCCGACGAGUACGUUCUUCAACACAACUCCCUCGACGGCUACUUUCUGCUGCGCUAUCUCAAAAUGUCGAUUGUUAUCUGCGUGGUCGGCUGUCUCAUCACAUGGCCAGUCUUGUUCCCCAUCAACGCCACUGGUGGAGGUGGUCAAACCCAACUCAACAUUCUCAGCUUUAGCAACGUUGUGGAUAAGAAUCGUUACCUUGCCCACACCUUCAUCGCGUGGAUCUUUAUUGGCUUCAUCUUCUUCUUGGUCACCAGGGAAAUGAUCUACUACAUCAACUUGCGCCAGGCGUACCUCUUGUCGCCUUUGUAUGCUUCCAGGAUUUCUUCGCGCACUGUGCUGUUCCAGGCCGUUCCCAACGAAUACGCCAACGAAGCCAAGAUCAGGCGCAUGUUCGGUGAUGAACUCAAGAAUGUCUGGGUAGCUUCAGAUGCAAAGAAAUUGGAGGAAAUGGUGGAGGAACGUUACAAGACUUGCAUCAAACUGGAAACCGCCGAGACUAAACUGAUCAAGUUGGCCAAUGAUGCUCGCUUGAAAUCCAUCAAAGGCAAGAAUGCUGCUCCUGAGCGACCCACAGCCAGCUACGAUCAAGAUGAGUAUGCCGCUGAGUCUGGCGCUGCUGCUGCUCGAUGGGUCCGACCGAAGGACAGACCAACACACCGCUUGAAGUUCUUGGUUGGCAGGAAAGUGGACACCGUCAAUUGGUGCCGUGAGGAGAUUGCAAGGCUGAAUCCUUUGAUCGAGGCCGAACAGGACAAAUACCGCGCGGGCGAAGCCGCACCAAAGAAUGCUGUCUUCGUCGAAUUCUGGAACCAGACUCAAGCUCAGAGUGCUUUCCAGAUGGUCACUCACCACCAGCCUUUGCAUAUGUCUCCCCGGGUGGUCGGUCUCAGUCCAGAGGAAGUCGUCUGGCCAAAUCUGGGCAUAACAUGGAAAACACUUACCAUCCGCAACAUUAUCGCGCUGGCUUUCAUCGCCGCCCUGAUCGUUUUCUGGUCCAUCCCAGUCGCUGUUGUUGGUUCCAUCUCACAGAUUUCCUACUUGACCGAGGUCAUCCAUUUCCUCCGGUUUAUCAACAAAUGCCCAAAGGUCAUUUUGGGUGUCAUUACGAAUCUUCUGCCGGUUGUGAUGCUCUCCAUCCUCAUGUCUCUUGUCCCAGUAAUAAUGAGGUUCAUGGGCAAAUUCGCUGGUCUGCCGACAUUGUCACUCAUUGAACUUCGAUGCCACGAGUCAUAUUUCUGGUUCCAGCUGAUCCAAGUCUUCCUGGUCACCACAAUGACCAGCGCUGCAAGUGCAGCGGUUCCGCAAAUCCUCAAGAACCCAGGAUCGUUGACCACCUUAUUAGCUCAGAACCUCCCCUUGGCUUCCAACUUCUACAUCUCAUAUUUCAUCCUUCAAGGUCUUGUAUUUUCGUCGGGUCAGCUCCUCAACAUCGUUGGCUUGGUUCUAUAUAACACUCUUUCAAAGUUCCUGGACAAAACGCCGCGAAAGAUGUACAACCGAUGGUCAAGCCUGUCCUCUGUCGGCUGGGGCAGUGUUUUUCCCAUCGUCGAGUUGAUGACUGUGAUAUCGAUAGCGUACGCCCCAAUCGCCCCUCUCAUGCUUGGAUUCGCAGCCAUAGGCCAAGCCCUGUUUUAUUUCGCGUACCGCUACAGUCUUCUCUUUGUCGACAGCUCGGUCAUCGACACCAAAGGCCUUGUAUAUGCCAAAGCCUUGCAGCAUACCAUGGUCGGCUGUUAUUUGGCUGCCAUUUGUCUGAUCGGCCUCUUUGGAAUCCGAGCGGCUCCGGCGCCUCUGGUCCUGAUGGUGGUCUUCUUGAUCCUUAUGGUGCUCUACCACAUUUCCAUGACUGCUGCUGUCCGCCCGCUCUUGCACUAUCUUCCUCGUUCUCUUGAAGCCGAAGAGGCCGCCCUCCUGCACACGGAAUCCGCCUUGAUGACUGGUCCCGACGGCCAGCCCUCGCGUCCAAGUAUGUACGAAAAGGAUCAGCUAGAGGAGCUACGGGUGGUGAAAGGCACAAUGCCACCUGGAGGCAACAAACACACUUCGAUGAUCAAGCGGUUCUUCCGCCCCGACGUCUAUGCUAGUUACGCAAUCCUGCGGAAGCUUGUGCCACAGGAGUUCGCCGAGAUCAGAUAUUCGCCGGAAGUUGAGCGAGAUGCGUACCAAGACCCGGCUUGUAAUGCAGUUGCACCUCUAUUGUGGGUGCCCCAAGACCCCAUGGGGGUGUCGAGGCAGGAGUGUCUGCAUACAAACAAGGUAACGCCGAUGACAGAUGAAGGGGCCAGUUUCGAUGAGAAGACGGGCAAGAUUAUCUGGAAUGAGGAAGAAACUGGCGGACAGCCGCCUAUCUUUGAAGAGAAGAUUUAUUAUUGA